AGUGUAAAUAUAAAAGUAAAUGUAACAUUAAGGAGAUGUAAAGGGGAAAGUGACUUGUAGUAGGUGUAAAUGGGAGUGUAAAGGGGAAAGUGACAUGUAGUAGGUGUAAAUGGGAGUGUCAGAUGUAGUGUAAAUAUAUAAAGGGGUGUAACGUGUAGAGGAAGUGUCACUGGAAGUGUACAUGUAGCGUAGAUAAAAGGGUACGCGUAACAGGUAGAGAAAGUGUAAACGGGAGUGUAAAAUGUAGAGUAAACAUAAAGGGGAGUGUAACUUGCACAGAAACUGUAAAUAAGGACGAACGCUAGCGCUCUGACGCAAGUUGGCAUUUAGCAGCGCGCUGAGAGGGACGGGGGGAGGUAAACAAGAUGGCGGCUACCUUGAAUCAGCUGCAGCAUUAGGAUAAGAGCAGAGGAGAUCUAUGACUGCGGUGACAACACGCAUAAGAGAGACAAACCGGACUACACUUAGUAUUUACACUUAUUAGUAUUACGACCCAAGGUUUCUUGCUUUUGUUGGACUGGGAUUUGCAGUGCUGGGGGGAAAAAAUCAGUCCCAAGAGGAUAAAGAAUAGCUUUUAUUAACCUGGACCUACUCGUAUCAGUAUGAAGAUGCAUCACAGCACGAUGGACCUGAUGCUCUAGAGAACGUUUUGUUAUCCAGUGGGAAAAGCCUGUGUACCCAAGACAGACGGCGUCACAAUUUCUGUACUGAUUUGCUUUGUACUGGCUAUGUUGGCCGAGAUGAGUAGGGGUCCAGUCAUUCCAAAUGUAGGCUAAUGCCUGCCUCUGAUUGGACAGUGUAUUUUGAAUACAAGAGGCCAGUGUUCAGUAAAGUCUGGUGACUUUUUUUUUUCCCUUCUUAGUUUGUUUUUUGUUUUGUUUUUUGCACUGGACCUUUGGCCCUGCACCGUCUACCGGUACCCUUGCACUCUUUGCUACUUAUGUUUACAUCCUUGUUCUACCUGAGCCCACGUAAAAGCAGCACCAUUGUUGCAAUCAAGUAUCGAUUCUUUCAGAUGCUGUUUUACUAGGUUACAAAUUUUUUUUCCCUCAGCCAAUCACAAUUGGAGAUACAGGCCACAUCUCCUUGUAGCGCUUAGGGAGUAAGCGAGCGAAAGAGAAAGGCAGGCUGCAAGAGAAGAUGAGUGUCGGGGAUCUUCAGCACUCGGGCUACCUGACCGAUAACGAGCUCAUGGGCAUGGACACUUUCAUCCACCGCAUAGACUCCACUGAAGUGAUCUACCAGCCACGGCGCAAGCGCGCCAAGCUGAUCGGGAAGUACCUGAUGGGCGACCUGUUGGGCGAGGGAUCUUACGGCAAGGUGAAGGAGAUGCUGGACUCUGAGACUCUGUGUCGGCGAGCUGUGAAGAUCCUCAAGAAGAAGAAGCUGAGGAGAAUCCCUAAUGGAGAGGCCAAUGUGAAAAAGGAAAUUCAGCUGCUAAGAAGACUACAGCAUAAAAAUGUGAUCCAGUUGGUGGAUGUAUUGUACAAUGAAGAGAAGCAGAAAAUGUAUAUGGUAAUGGAGUACUGCGUUUGUGGCAUGCAGGAAAUGUUGGACAGUGUUCCAGAGAAAAGGUUUCCAGUAUUUCAAGCUCACGGGUACUUUUGCCAACUUUUGGAUGGCCUUGAAUAUUUGCACAGCCAGGGAAUCGUUCACAAAGACAUUAAACCAGGGAAUUUGCUGCUGACCACGGAUGGCGCUUUAAAGAUCUCCGACUUGGGCGUUGCAGAGGCUCUUCACCCGUUUGCGGAGGAUGACACGUGUCGAACGAGUCAGGGCUCGCCGGCUUUCCAGCCACCUGAGAUCGCCAAUGGCUUGGACACCUUUUCAGGGUUUAAAGUGGACAUCUGGUCCGCAGGGGUUACACUAUACAACAUAACGACGAGCCUGUAUCCGUUCGAGGGGGAUAACAUCUAUAAGCUCUUUGAGAACAUUGGAAAGGGAGAUUACACUAUUCCAGAGGAUUGUGGGCCGCAGCUGACCGACCUGUUGAGAGGAAUGCUCGAAUACGAUCCUGUAAAGAGAUUCUCAAUACAGCAAAUUAGGCAGCACAAUUGGGUGAGGAAGAAACACCCACCUUCAGAGCCACCUGUGCCUAUCCCACCCAGCGCUGAGACCCGUGACAUUUGGAGGAGCAUGACGGUGGUGCCCUACCUGGAAGAUCUCCAUGGUUACGGUGAAGAGGACGAGGACGACGAGAUGUUUGACGCCGAGGAUGACAUUAUCUAUACUCAGGAUUUCACAGUGCCAGGGCAGGUGGAAGAGGAGGAGGAAGAAGAGGAAGAGGAGGAAGAGUGUGGUGCGGUGCGGAGCCGUGCCGCAGUGAAGCCGGUUUGUGUGAACGGGACAGAACCGGCAGCACUGAAACCCAAAUCAGACCGGCGUUCCAGCUCCUCGUCAAACCCCUCACGCAAGGGCAUGUCCACAGCCAGCAAGAUCCGCAAACUCUCCACCUGCAAACAGCAAUGACCACGCCCCCUCUCCUCUGCCCCGCCCACCUGCCUCUCUCUCUCUCUGUACAGGUUUGUUAUUUUUCCCGUCCUCUGUUUUGGAUUCCCAGCCAUGAAAACAUGCCACAGUUGCUGACCCACACUUCACCAUGGACUAUGAGCCCUAACGGAAACGAUGGCAGGAAGUGUGGAUGUGUGACUCUUUUCGAGGUCUUUCCCUGGAAAGGACUGACUGAUUUGGGGAUGCUGUAUAAAGGAGGAAACUCCUGUUUUUUUUCCCCCCUUCCCUGGUUACAUAUUUUCCUCUCGCUCUCUGUCUCUCUCUGUGAGGCUUUCUUAGAUUCAUUCUGUUGAACUCACCCUCGUUCUCUCUCUCUCCCCACCAUGCUGCAAACCCCCCAUUUUAUCCCAGAUCUCUACCCAAAGGCGUGUGGCCGGUUUUGUGUCACCCCCUACCCCCCUCGUGCCGGGCUCUUGUAGUCCAUGAAAUCUGACCUCAAUGUUUAGUUCUUUAGGUGAUCUUUUAAUUUUACAGUAAUUAAAUGCAGUUUAAGGUGCACAUGGAGUUUAUGUAAAAGAAUGGCAUAAAGGACAAAAGAUAUCAGUUAUUAUAUAGAAGCCAUGGUGAGAAUGCUGAAGAUAAAAUUAUACCCAUAAGAAUAAAAACUGCAUGCUGUGAAGAGCUUUUGGGGGGAAAAAGGGGUAUGAUCUGAUCUGUACAGGCAAAUGUAUCGAUGCCUGCUCAGUGCAGGAAGGUUUGGUUAGUUUUGUUUUGUUUUACACUAGGCUUUUGUUUUGUUCAUUUUUUUUCCAAUAAAUAUUUUUUAAUUAUUAUUUAUAUAAAACAUCUCCCAACCAAACCAAA